GCCACCGUUCUUUUAGCACAGUGCUCUCUGCAUUCGCUUUCUCUACUCGACUGUUACAGCUGCAUUUAGGGUCUGCUCGUCCUUUGGAGAAAUGGCAACAACAGUGAAACUGAACACCGGUGCACAAAUGCCCAUUGUGGGACUGGGGACAUGGAAGUCUCCCCCUGGCAAGGUCACAGAGGCGGUGAAAGCAGCCAUCUCAGCGGGUUACAGGCACAUUGAUGGAGCUUAUGUCUACCAGAAUGAGGCCGAGGUGGGAGAGGGUGUUCAGGCCAUGAUCAAGGAUGGCGUGGCCAAACGAGAGGAUCUUUUCAUUGUUAGCAAGCUGUGGUGCACUUUCCAUGAGAAGUCCCAGGUGAGGCAAGCCUGUGAGAAGACUCUCAGUGAUCUUAAGCUGGACUACCUUGAUCUCUAUCUAGUGCACUGGCCCAUGGGUUUCAAGGCUGGCAGUGAGCUCUUUCCUUUGGACGGCGCAGGCGAGACGAUCAGUGAUAGUACUCACUUCCUGGAGACAUGGGAGGGGAUGGAAGAGCUGGUGGAUGCUGGUUUGGUCAAAGCUAUCGGUGUCUCCAACUUCAACAAGGAGCAGAUCGAAGCUAUUCUCAACAAGCCAGGCCUCAAAUACAAGCCAGCCAACAACCAGGUGGAGUGCCACCCGUACCUGACCCAGGAGAAGCUGAUCAACUACUGCCACUCCCAGGGCAUCUCGGUGACCGCCUACAGCCCCCUGGGCUCCCCGGACAGACCCUGGGCUAAACCAGAAGACCCAUCACUGCUGGAAGAUCCGAACAUUAAAGCCAUUGCUGAGAAGCACAAGAAGACACCAGCUCAGGUCCUGAUCCGCUUCCACAUCCAGAGGAACGUGAUCGCGAUCCCCAAGUCGAUCACACCUCAACGCAUUCAGGAGAAUUUCCAGGUGUUUGACUUUGAACUAACUGAGGAGGAAAUAAAGACUAUAUUAGGAUUUAACAGGAACUGGAGAGUCUGCCCAAUGCAUUGGAGCACAAAGCACAAGGACUAUCCAUUCAAUGCUGAAUAUUGAAAUGAAAAAUGCUGAUUUAACAGUGGGUGCUGCAGUUAGCUUCUCUGCCCUCUACGCUGCUCACUUUCCUGUUCUUUAAAGCAGUGUGGCCUUUCUUCAGAUUUUUAUUUUCAUAUUACAUUCAUCAACAGAAACAUUGACUUCUUUUGUAACCGGGUUUGUCUCGGUGAAAACUGGUAACCAGUUUUACCCACACUCCUAAGACUUCUUUAUACCCAAAUUAAGAUGCUUAUUUCAUACAAAUUAAAGCCAUUGUAAGAAUGAGUGUUGCAUCAGUAUAAUUGACUAUGAGUGUCUUUUCCUGACAUGGUAAUUUGCUGUUCUGUAGACAUAAGUUUCUUAACUCACUUGAUUGUUUUCAUUUGCCUUCUCGCCGAGUCUUGGAGUCAAUUCUGCUGUAUCCCUUUGUGAUCAGUGCAACAUUUUUAAGUUACUCAAGAGCCGAAAUGUGUGCCAUUUUUCGAGAAUGAUUACUUAAGUAUUUUUAAAAUGAGUGACAGCGCUGAACAGGAUAAGCAAAGCAUACAUCUCAGUUAAGUGCUGUAUUUGGAGUUUUACAUGUGUGUAGUAGCACACGUAUGAGGUGAAACACCGCCAACAGUAAAUUCUUAUAAAAGAUCAAAUCAGUAUUUAAAAAAUCUGUACGUAUGUCGAAACUUUCAUGGCACAAAUGUAAUCAUGCUUCAAAGCACUCCUCGUGCUGUUCCUCCAUGGUCAGGUUUAUUUUUACCACUUGGGCAGAGGCAUUAGUGCCUUCACACUACAGUUUGACUGCAAAAUUAAAAGCACUGUUAUCUCUGUCAAAUGAAGGAUCUGAGACAUUACAUUUCCCUGAAAUUGUGUUUUUAGGUGAUUUCGCGUGACAAAUUAUACGUUGAUGUAAUGAUUGAAAGGCAGAACUUAAUACCUCGACUUGUCUUAGGAUGACAAAGCACUCCCCAUUAUUACUUGUGAGUCACAGACGGCACUUAUCAUCAUGUGUAUUAACCAUGUUGUUACGAAAUAGUCGCUUUCAGUUCCCGUGUGAACCAUGUUGUUCAGCAUCAAAAUAAAGUCCUGUUGGAGACAAUAAAA